AUGGCUAUUGCAGUUCAAAAAGGACAAGUUGCGAGAUGGAUUGAACUACUACAGGAAUACGACUUUGUGAUCGAACAUCGCAGCGGGAAAUCUCAUGGCAAUGCAGAUGCAUUAUCAAGAAGACCUUGCCCUGAAGAUUGCAAGCAUUGUACUAGGCAAGAGGGUAAAGAAGUGGUAUCUGCGAGGAUAUUCAGGACAGACCAGCUCAGCAAUGAAUGGAAGGACAGCCAUGCACAGCAGGAAGAUUCGGACAUUAAGCCGAUUCUGGAAUGGAUGAAGGCCAGUGCUCCUAAGCCCAAGUGGAGCGACGUCUCAGCAAUGAGUUCGACCACGAAAAGCUAUUGGGCCCAAUGGGACAGCUUGCUGAUUCAGGAUGGAGUCCUGUGCCGUAAAUGGGAAAAUGGUCGGGGAGACAGGUGUCAUUUGCAAAUGGUUGUCCCUAAGGCUAAAGAGCCAGAUGUUCUACAGCUGUACCAUAGUGGUUGUUCAGGAGGCCACCUGGGAGUUAAACGAACUCUCCUGAAGAUCCAAGAACGGUUUUACUGGGUCCACUGUCGUGACGAUGUCGAGGACUGGUGCCGCAAAUGUACAAGUUGUGCGGCUGUAAAGGGACCUCAAAUUCGUAGUAGAGGCGCAUUGAAAUUGUACAAUGUUGAUGCACCAUGGGAGAGGAUAGCCAUUGACGUUGCGGGGCCGUUUCCAGAAACUGAAAGUGGUAACAAGUAUUUCAUGGUUGUGAUGGAUUACUUCACUAAGUGGCCAGAAGUCUUCGCCAUUCCAAAUCAAGAAGCUUCAACAGUUGCAGAUAAACUAGUUCAUGAAGUCUUCUGUCGUUUUGGAGUACCUUUAGAGAUUCACAGCGAUCAAGGAAGGAAUUUUGAGUCUCCAAUAUUCCAGGAAACUUGCCGAGUUAUGGAUACUCAGAAAACACGAACAACUUCUUACCACCUACAAUCUGAUGGAAUGGUAGAAAGAUUUAAUUAG